UGUAUUUUUCAUAGGAACAAAAUCAGUUUUUUGCUUUGUUUUUCGGUAGGUAACUCUAUUUUUUCUGUUUUUAUUCUCUUUUCUGGUAAAUCUUAGCAUUCCUGACAGUGUGUGAGAAGAAAAAUGUGUGGGGCAUUGUUCAUUUGUUGACAGUGGAUAAAAACACCUUUCAGUGAGCUAUCACUUUAAGAGGACAUUACAGACAGAUCCCCAGUCCCCUGUGUCUUGCUCAGACAUCUCCAGUGUGUGAGAGUCAGAGACAGUGGGUGAGAGCUGAGAAUAAAAGCAAGUUUCAUUGAGACGGAGCCAAGAGUCCAGUCAUUGGCAUGCUACUCUGGUUACCCAGUAGGCCUGCUGCUGGUUGACACAAUUCAGGAUCUUAUAAGAGAUGCAUCAAUAAAAGUUUUCGGCCGCAGAUUAUCAUUGGGAAUGCCGGCAUCUAUAAAGAUGUCACUUUGACUUUGAAGCAGCAGUGAGAAGAAAAAGAACAGCAGCCUUUUUCAUAUUUUGAAACGGCAGUUUUAUCUUCAGUUUCUGAAUCAGAUUUGGCAGAUUUUCUUGUAUCUCUCCGAACUUGGCUGUAUCCAGGACACCACUGUGGCUUGCUGACUGUCAAAGGAAUAAAGGCUUUGUGGGGAAACAAAAGAAAUACUUGAAUCUUCCACAGUCCUCGACAUUCCUGAACAGGGCAUAAUUCUUGUCCUCACAAAAGCAACACUGACUCCACAGGUAUAAAAAGCACAGCUUCACCUACAGGAUGCUGGAGCUCAACUCUUCAGAUGACAGCAAGAAGAACUCUCUUAAGGACCCUGUGUGCUUGAACGUCGGUGGAGAAAUCUAUACAACGACCUUAGACACUUUAACUCGCUGCCGUGACUCGAUGCUAGGCACCAUGUUCACCGGACAAGUUCCUAUGCUUAGGGACAGCUGCGGCAACAUUUUCAUAGACCGUGACGGUAAAGUGUUUCGCUACAUUCUGAAUUACCUGCGCUCUGGCUCUUUGGAUCUGCCAGAUGGCUUCACUGAACUCGCACUGCUCAGGAGAGAGGCCGAUUUCUUCCAGAUACCCCGUCUGCUGGAGGAGAUUCGUCACUAUGAGGUAUCGGUGCCUCUGGGCCUCAGAGGUGGGCCGUUAGGAGCCAUCAUGAUAGUAAAAGUCGACUCCAAGGUCCGUGUUCUCCAUUUUAACUUGCGCCAUGGGCCUGAAAACUAUGAACUCCGCACAUGCUCUGUACGAGCGUUCACAGUCGACCUCUUUUGUACCUGGAGGGCAUUUCUAGGUUUGCUUUGUGAGCGCUUCUCCUACAGGACACCCCAGGGUCUCAACAGCCCUCACCUAUGUCGUCCGAGGCAGAACAGACUGAAACUGGAAUGGGUGCCAAAGCCUGACGAACUCCCACAGGAACAGUAUGAUAAGCAGCAAUACAGGGGCCUAACUUUGUCUAGCCCUGAGGUCACGUGGUCGGAUGACAUGAUGAACAUGCACUACAGUCCCUGUGAAAUCACAGACAUGCAAGGCUUUUUGGAGGAGCUGUUGAAGAUAUCACUUGCUGAGGGGUUCAAGGUUGAUCUAGUCUCUCCUGACCCUGCAGAUAUUCUUAACUGCACUUCACUUCGUCUUGUGAAGUCGUGAGCACUGGAUGAAAGUGACUAGGAAAACCAGAACAUACCAAGAUAAUAAACUAUAAGAUAAGAUGAGAUAGCCUUUAUUAGUCCCAGAGUUAAAUUUGAAGCAAUGAAUUCUCUAUGACAUGGAGUUAGAUCUACUGACACAUUAUGACUAGGAGGUCAUUAUCUGUGGUUCUUUUGUUUUGCUAUCAUAGAGUUUACUAAAAAUAAUGCAAAAUGUGCUUUAUUAAUAAAAUGGUAAAUAAAAUGUACUUUUUUGUGGAAAUUCUGAUAUUGAGGAUACAACUUCAAAAUUUAGUUUGGGCUCUGUUUAAAAAUGGCAACUGUUUUUAAAAGUAGUGCAGUGUGAGUAGUACUAGAGCACACACCAAGGAAUGAUAAUAUUCAUAGCCUGUUAGUAACUCGGCUAAAUGUGUGACAUAUAUUGUGACUCACUUUACAACAGUGUUGGGAAGGUUACUUUUAAAAUGUAUUCCACUACAGAUUACAGAAUACA